AUGCCGUGUGGCCAUGCUAUUGGUCCCGAGUCACUUACUGCCUUUUGCAGAUCACUUGUUAGCGAAGGCAAAUUUCAAUUUUUUUGUCCGUAUACCAACCAAUGGCAAUAUAUUGAUAUCCGCAAGAUAGGUUUACUUACUGAUGAAGAGUGCAAAUAUUUUGAAACCAAGAUUAGUGAAAAUUAUUCUCGUCGCGCCCUUGGUGUUCAAGAAUGUCCUCAGCCAGGCAUUAGAGAAUACGCAUUCUGUUGGUACUGCUUGCACGAAGUUUAUAGUUUUAAUAGUUAUCGUUGUACAAACGAUCUCUGUGGAGGUGUCGAUCCUCGUUUAGCCAUUCUUAAAAACGCGAACACAAAG